AAGGCUCAAAACUUAUCCAAUUCAUAAUCUGAUACCACCAAAUCUCAAGAUAAAAUUUUUACAAUCUGCUCUGAUAUCAUAAAAUCUCCAAAUACACUUUAACUUACAGGAUCAUAAUCUGUAUCUAAAAUCUAUAUCAAAUUCCAGGUGACUAGCCUUCUAACUCGUCACUCCCCUUGGUUUUCCCGUCCUUAGUUUCGCUUCCUGAAAUGGUGGACAAGGAAAACUAUGAGAUAACUCAGUAAGUAAAUACGGAUAGCCCUUGGGUAAAACUUUUAAGCAUGCCAGAUAAACAGUUUAAUAUAACCAAAACGCUCAGUGACAAAAUCAGAUUCAGUUCAAUAACAAAACGUUUCAUGACAAACCGUUACAUGCAUAAGAAAACUCAGUUCAGUAGUCUCAUCUAUAAGUCAUGGCCAGUGUUUACAAACUCCCACUGGCAGGCGUCAGUAAUGGUACCAGUGUUUACAAACUCCCACUGGUAGGCGUCAGUAAUGGUACCAGUGUUUACAAACUCCCACUGGUAGGCGUCAGUAAUAGUGCCAGUGUUUACAACUCCCACUGGCAGGCGUCAGUAAUAGUGCCAGUGUUUACAACUCCCACUGGCAGGCGUCAGUAAUAGUGCCAGUGUUUAACCCCAUAGGCAGGGUGAACCGGUUCCACAGAAAUACAUGUUGACAUGUGCUAGCGUUUACAGCUCCCACUAGCGGGCGUCAGUAAUCAUGACUAUAUCCGAGACAAAUCCAUGCAAGAUUUACAGAAAACCCGAAUUUCACAAUCAAUCCCAAUUUCAGAA